CAAUAUCUAAUUAUCUGUAAUAUUUUUUUAUUUAUAUUCAGAGUUUGGUAAUUUUACGAAAAACCAAAACUAGACUAGUUAUGCUAGGUGUAUUAAUUUUCAAAUAAAAUAAGUUCUCUCCCACUUUGGAUGGAUAAUUCAUAGAGGCCAAGCUAAACUCCGGAAUUUGCUGUUGUAUUUAGUUUCCGCCAUGGAAACCAGUCAAGCCACCGUCUGUUCCUCCGAUCACCCAUGGCUUCUUCUACUCCUGUUCAUCAUCGGAUUCGCCAAGCUCAUCUCCGUCUCUACGACCAUUCUCAAAUGGGUCGUCGCCCAUUUCCUCCGACCCGCAAAGAAUCUCAAGAAAUACGGGUCGUGGGCUCUGGUCACCGGACCCACCGACGGCAUCGGAGAGGCGUUCGCCUUCCGGCUAGCCCGCGAGGGGCUCAAUUUGGUUCUGGUGGGUCGGAACCCGGAGAAGCUGAGAACCGUUUCUGACCGGAUCCGGGUGAAGUUCAACGGGUCGACCCGGAUUAAGACGGUGGCGGUCGAUUUCUCCGGCGACUUGGACGACGGGGUCCGGAGAAUCAGGGAGGCGAUCGACGGGUUGGAUGUCGGGGUUCUGAUUAACAACGUCGGGGUGACUUAUCCGUACGCCAGAUUCUUCCACGAGGUGGAUGAGGAGCUUAUGGAGGCGUUGAUUAAGGUGAACGUGGAGGGGACGACUAGGGUCACGCUGCAGGCGGUGUUGCCGGGGAUGGUCGAACGGCGGAGCGGGGCGAUUGUGAAUAUCGGGUCGGGUACCGCCGGAGCCAUCCCUUCCGCUCCGCUUCACACUCUUUAUUCCGCCACCAAAGCGUAUAUUGAUCAGUUUUCAAGAAGUCUUCACAGGGAGUACAAAACACGUGGGAUUCAUGUCCAAUGUCAGGUUCCCUUGUAUGUGGCAACCAAAAUGAUAUCAAUCCAAAAGCCUUCAUUCUUCAUCCCAUCAGCAGAUGAUUAUGCAGGGGCAGCAAUGCGUUGGAUAGGGCAUGGAGAUGAGAGUUGCACACCAUAUUGGCCCCAUUCUCUUCAAUGGGCUCUCCUCUCCUACUUGCCACACUCCAUUGUCGACGCCUGCCGCUUCAACGCUUGCCUCCGGAUCCGAGCCGAGGGACGACGCAAGGAGACGGAAUUGCAACUCAUGACACGGCUCAAACCCGAAACGCACCACUUAGGGAAACGCUUCGGGACAAUGGAGACCAAUUUCUAUGAACAAUAUCUCAAAUCCCAGCCCCCAUGGCUUCUUCUUCUUCUCGUUCUCGGCUUCUUCAAACUUCUCGCCACCUCUGCAACUGUUCUCAACUGGGUCCGGGUCAAUUUCCUCCGACCCGCCAAAGAUCUCAAGAAAUACGGGUCCUGGGCUCUGGUCACGGGCCCCACCGACGGCAUCGGAAAGGCCAUCGCCUUCCGGCUGGCCGACAAGGGGCUCAAUUUGGUUCUGGUGGGCCGGAACCCGGAGAAGCUGAGAGGGGUUUCCGAUUGGAUCCGGGGCGAAUUCGGGCAGACCCAGAUUAAGACGGUGGUGGUGGACUUCGCCGGCGAUUUGGACGACGGGGUUCGCCGGAUCCGGGCGGCAAUCGAGGGGCUGGACGUGGGGGUGUUGGUCAACAACGUCGGCGUUUGUUAUCCGUACCCGAAGUUCUUCCACGAGGUAGAUGAGAAGCUUAUGGCGGAGCUGAUUCGGGUGAACGUGGAAGGGACGACGAAGGUGACCCAGGCGGUGGUUCCCGGGAUGCUACGGCGGAAGACUGGCGCCAUAGUCAACAUCGGCUCCGGCACCGCCCUUGUUAUCCCCUCUGCUCCGCUUCAUGCUGUUUAUGCCGCCACUAAAGCAUACAUAGACCAAUUCACACGGUGCCUUUAUGUGGAGUACAAGAGACACGGGAUUGAUGUUCAAUGUCAGGUGCCCUUGUAUGUGGCGACGAAGAUGAUAUCGAUGAGAAAAUCGUCGUUCCUCAUUCCGUCCCCAGAUGGUUACGCUAAGGCGGCGUUGCGUUGGAUAGGGUACGACGGGAACUGCACCCCGUACUGGCCCCACACGCUUCAGUUGGCUUUAAUCCAUUGCUUGCCUGACUCUUUUGUGGAUGCUUGGCGCUUCAACGCCAUGCUCCAGUAUCGGAAGAGAGCUCAGCUCAAAGAAUCCCUUAAGAAGAGAGAUUCUUGACACCCCACACACACACACACAUCUCAAAAGAUGUAAUAUAUAUUUGUGCGCAAUUAGACUUAUUGUUGUUGCAAUAUAUAUAUAAUGCUACUCAGUGUAAUAAUUAAAUGACAUAAUAAUUAAUCUCUGUAUUGAACUUCGAAUGCUUUUGCUUCAUUCCCUAGGCCUUGUAACAUGUAAUAAUGAAAGAUGUGCAAAUGU